AUGGGGACUGAAGGCAAGGUUAUUAAGUGUAAGGCGGCGGUGGCUUGGGAGCCACGGAAGCCUCUUUCACUCGAAGAGGUGGAAGUGGCCCCUCCCAAAGCCCAUGAGGUCCGCAUUAAGAUCGUAGCCACUUCGGUGUGCCACAGUGACCUACAGGUCCUGAGAGAAACACCACUCCCACAAGGUGGAAUGCACACCUUCCCGAUCCUCCUGGGACAUGAGGCAGCUGGCAUAGUGGAAAGCAUCGGCCCCGGGGUCACCAAAUUCUCCGAAGGAGACACGGUCAUCCCUUUUGGCGCAGCUCAGUGUGGGGAGUGUGAAUACUGCCUGUCUCCAAAAACGAACAUGUGCAAGACACACUGGGAGGAAUUCCGGAAGGGGGUACUUUUGGACGGGACCAGCCGGAUCACCUGUCAAGGGAAGCAGAUUACGCAGCUUUUUGCCUUGGGUACUUUCUCUGAGUACACUGUUGUCCCAGAAAUCUCACUGACCAAAAUCCGGAAGGACGCCCCCCUGGACAAAGUCUGCCUGUUGGGGUGUGGGAUCUCCACAGGAUACGGGGCCGCCAUCAACUCUGCCAAGGUGGAGCCUGGGUCCACGUGCGCGGUGUUCGGUUUGGGAGGCGUGGGUUUGGCGGCAGUGAUGGGGUGUAAAGCAGCCGGGGCAUCCAGGAUCUUUGCUGUGGACAUCAACAAGGACAAGUUCCCCAAGGCCGAACUGUUGGGGGCGACUGACUUUGUCAACCCCAAGGACUACGACAAGCCCAUCAGCCAGGUGCUGGCAGAGAUGACCAAUGGGGGGGUGGACUUCGCCUUGGAGUGUGUCGGCAGCGUGGAAGUGAUGAGAGCUGCUCUGGAGUCGUGUUGUAAUGCCUGGGGGACCUGUGUGAUCGUGGGGUACGUUCCGGAGAAAGACAUGACCUUGGCACCCUUAACCCUCCUGCUGGGCCGUACACUGAGGGGAACUUUCUUUGGGGGAUGGAAAAGUGUGGAGAGUGUGCCCAAGCUGGUCGAUGACUACAUGAACAAGAAGCUCAUGGUGGACGAGUUUGUGACCCACAACCUUCCCCUGGAAGAGAUUAAUGAGGGUUUUGACCUCAUGACAAGUGGAAAAAGCAUUCGAACGGUCAUCAAAAUGGCCUAA